GCUCCCAUGGGCGGGGAGCAGCCGGGCCGGGCCUGCAGCUCCUCUCCCAGGGUGUCUGGUCUCUCGCCCAUCUGCCGCGAUGCUCCUGCCCUUCAAACACGUCUUGGGAGCUGCUGGGACGUUCCUCUGGAGGCGGUUGUCCUGGGCGGCGCGUUCUGAGCUCGGAGCUCGCGUGCCCACCCGGGGCCGGGGCGAGCAGAACAGGGGCCUGGAGGACUUUAGCGCCCGGCUGGCAGCAGGGCCGACGCUGCAGCACUUCUUAAGAAACACGUCCCCACCUCAGGAAACUCACCCUCAGCUGGCGGAGGAGCCGGAGGAGCCAGAGCCCUAUCUCACCUCCAGCAUCCUGGAGGAAGCCAGGCGGAAAGUGUAUCUGGAGACCUACGGCUGCCAAAUGAACGUUAAUGACACCGAGAUUGCCUGGGCCAUCCUACAGAAGAGUGGCUACCUGCGGACACACCAGCUGGAGGAGGCGGACGUGAUUCUCCUGGUCACCUGCUCUGUCAGGGAGAAGGCUGAGCAGGCGAUCUGGAACCGCCUGCGGCACCUCACGGCUCUGAAAUCCAAGCGGCUGCGGUCCCAGGCACCUCUCCGCAUCGGGAUUCUAGGCUGCAUGGCCGAGAGGCUGAGGGAGGAGAUCCUGCACAAGGAGAAGCUGGUGGAUAUCGUGGCUGGCCCCGAUGCUUACCGUGACCUGCCCCGGCUGCUGGCUGUGGCUGAAACGGGCCAGCAGGCUGCCAACGUCCUGCUCUCCUUAGACGAGACGUAUGCCGAUGUCCUACCUGUCCAGACCAGCCCAGACGCCACCUCUGCAUUUGUAUCUAUCAUGCGUGGCUGUGACAACAUGUGCAGUUACUGCAUCGUCCCCUUCACCCGUGGCCGCGAGAGGAGCCGGCCCAUGGCCUCCAUCCUGCGGGAAGUGAAGGUGCUGUCUGAUCAGGGGGUGAAAGAAGUGACCCUCCUGGGUCAAAACGUCAAUAGCUUCCGAGACACCUCCGAGGUCCAGUUCCGCUCGGCAGCCGCGCCUGGCCUGAGCCGCGGCUUUAGCACCAUCUACAAGGCUAAAGAGGGGGGCUUGCGCUUCGCACAUCUGCUGGAUCAGGCCUCCAGAGUCGACCCGGAAAUGCGGAUCCGCUUCACCUCCCCGCACCCCAAGGACUUUCCUGACGAGGUCCUGCAGCUCAUCCAGGAGAGGCACAACAUCUGCAAACAGCUCCACCUCCCAGCCCAGAGCGGGAGCUCGCGAAUCCUGGAGGCCAUGAGGCGAGGCUACACGAGAGAAGCGUAUUUAGAGCUCAUACAGCAUGUGCGGGAUUCCAUACCAGGAGUGAGUCUCAGCAGUGAUUUCAUCGCUGGCUUCUGCGGCGAGACCGAGGACGAUCACCAGCAGACGGUGUCCUUGCUCAGGCAAGUCCGCUACAAUGUGGGUUUCCUCUUUGCCUACAGCAUGAGGCAGAAAACCCGGGCCUAUCACCGGCUGCAGGAUGACGUGCCGGCGGAGGUGAAGCGUAGGCGGCUGGAGGAACUCAUCUCCGUCUUCCGGGAGGAGGCCACCAGGGCAAACGGGGCUAUGGUGGGCCGCUCGCAGCUCGUGCUGGUGGAGGGGCCCAGCAAGCGCUCUGCCGCCAAGCUGUGCGGUAGAAACGAUGGAAACAUCAGAGUGGUCUUCCCCGACACGGAGAUGGAGGACGGCACUGGCUCCGGGGCUGUGGUCAGAGCCCAGCCAGGGGACUAUGUGCUGGUGAAGGUUACCUCCGCCAGCUCCCAGACGCUGAAGGGAGUUUUGCUUCGCCGCACCACCCUCAGAGAAUCGGCAGCGCACCGCUGACGCCUCCCGGCGAACAAGGGGCGAGCGACUUUUCCCCGGGGAGAAACGGGGAGC